AUGUGACUGCAGGGUGCAUGAUAUUAGUGUCAGGGCAGAGCUGCAGAGUGGGUUGAGGUCUACUUGCGUCGGUGUGUGUGCGUGCAGGAGGGUGUUGAAGCAGUUUGCAGACUGCCUCUAGAAACAGCCCCUAGCGUCAGACAUCAGUAUUAGCCUGGCUGAUUACUCUUAACUAUCGGAUCAGCAUCUUGAACGGUGCAGUGUUGGCGAGCCCGAAACGCGGUCAGGCGUAUGGACAGUCGGUGGUAGCUCCGAUCGGGAUCCCUCUUCGUUUACAUCCCUACAACUAAAUAAAAAGAGAAAGGGGGGCUGCUGCACAGGCGAGACUGUUUCGGCACGUAGCUGGCCUCUGUAUCUGCGUUCCGGUGCCUCCAACUACGAGGGCCUCUUCAGUUUACAGGGGGAAAAGUGGGUGUUUGCUGCUUCACUGGUGUUUCGGCAGCGGCAGCGGCGGCGGUGUCCUCGAUGGCAGGCUGGAAGGACGGCUCGGUGCAGGAGAAGUAUCGCCUGGUUGUGGUCGGAGGAGGUGGCGUCGGGAAAUCAGCCCUGACUAUCCAGUUUAUUCAGUCGUACUUUGUCACUGACUAUGACCCGACAAUUGAAGACUCUUAUACCAAGCAGUGUGUGAUCGACGAAAGGCCGGCCAGGCUCGACAUCCUCGACACGGCUGGACAGGAAGAGUUUGGAGCCAUGAGAGAACAAUACAUGAGGACAGGGGAGGGCUUCCUGCUCGUCUUCUCAGUCACUGACAGAGGAAGCUUUGAAGAAAUCUACAAAUUCCAAAGACAGAUUCUCCGAGUGAAAGACAGAGACGAAUUCCCUAUGAUCCUUGUAGGAAACAAAGCAGAUCUGGAACUACAGAGACAAGUAACCCAGGAAGAGGGCCAGCAGCUGGCCAGACAAUUAAAGGUCACAUACAUGGAGGCUUCAGCUAAAAUACGAAUGAACGUAGACCAGGCUUUCCACGAGCUGGUUAGAGUAAUCAGGAAAUUCCAAGAACAGGAAUGUCCACCGUCGCCAGAACCUACAAGGAAAGAAAAAGACAAGAGCGGCUGCCACUGUGUGAUUGUCUGAGUUGGCCUUAUCACUGUAACUCAUGCAGCUACUCUACCACCCCACCCACUCUGCCUGACAUCACAUCCUAAGUGGAUGACUGACCGCUGCCUUCUCCACGUGCAUGACUUCAGACAGCCUUUUCUGAAAUACUUUGACCAGGAACUGCUGUCCCCAGGACAUCGCUAUGGACAACUGACAAUGCCAAAAUUUAACACCACUCUACCUUCAGCAGUAAUCUUAAUUCACACGAGAGUCCCAACACUAAACAUUGCCUUCUAAAUCAGCCUGACAAAUUAAUGUUUCGUACUCUGAAGGACUUCUCUUGCCUUGUAGUGACAUUUGUACUUGCUACCGAGAUUGAAUGAAAACUAUGUAUCCAGAAUGUUAAUGACUUUCUUUAGUUUCCAGUGUCUGACCAGAGCAGAGAGAUUAUCUUAUGAAGCUUUGUGUAUGUUGUGCCAUAUCCACCUUUACUCCCAUGUGCUAAUCUGCUACUGUACAUAUGUGACAUUUGUUGUGAUUUUGUAUUUCUAAUGACCUAUUAAAUCACCACAGUACAGUGUGUGAGAUUGAGUUUGGUUUUACAUAUAUGAACUGAAUAUAUAAGUAUGUAUAUAAAUAUAAUGAUAGCCCUUAAAGCUAUUAUGAGAUUAGA